UACGGUCAGUACACAGGACAUUGCCUGAAACUACAUCCAAAACACUGCAGACCAUUACACCCGGCACAUUUCAUAAACCUGGAACACAUUAUACCCAGCAACCUGAGACUGGGGAUAAUUCAUAGGGUUCAUGUGAUAAUGUAAGAAAUGUACACAGCAGUUUUCAGGGGCAGACUGACCAUUUGGAAAUUGGGCACUGCCCGAGGGGGCCCAGGGUCAGUAGGGAGCCCCAUGAGAUGCCCCUGGUACCUUUUUCAUAGGCUUUUUUGAGUUUGGGCAAGGACACAGGGGCCCCAUUAUCCCCUAUUGCCCGGGGG